GACAGUUAGAAUGAGAAGAGGGCAUGUCCUGGGAGGCACCGCUCCGUGAUGAUACUAUGAAGAUUUUGGCUCUGUUCCUGCAGUGAUUGAAGCAUAUUAUGCAGCUCAUACCUGGAUUUCUGCCUGUGCCAUGCAGUAUUGAGGAUAAAAAUAUGAUGAAUUUGCAGAUAAAUACAUGUCUGAAGAAUUGGUGCAGGGGACAGAGUUUCAGAUUUCUGGAUCAUUGGUAUCUCUUCUAGGGAAGGUUUUCACCAGUGGAAUCACAAAUAAACUUGUCGGCUGUCAUGUGAACCAAGAUAUGGAAGAAGUUGUUCUAGUAAGAAUAUAUGGCAACAUGACAGAAUGUUUCAUAGACCGUGAGAAUGAAGUGAAAAGCUUUCAGAUUCUUCAUGCUCACCACCGUGCUCCAGAACUUUACUGUACUUUUCAAAAUGGAAUAUGCUAUGAAUUCAUCAAAGGAACAGUCUUGGACAUGUGGCUGCUUAGGAACCCUUCCAUUUCCAGACUUAUAGCAAAAGAAAUGGCUCAUUUUCAUUCUGUCCAACCUGAUGGUGGUCAUUCUUCUGAACCUGUCCUCUGGAAGAGUCUUUCCAUGUACCUGACAUUACUUAAGUCAAGUCAUUCUGAGCAGGCAGCAGGUGUUAGUUCCAUGGACAACAUGAAUGAUAUGCCAAGUUUUGACGUCCUUGUCAGUGAAAUUGAACUACUCAAAGAACACCUUUCCCAGAUUAAAUCCCCAGUGGUCCUAUGCCAUAAUGAUCUACUGUGUAACAAUAUCAUCUACGUUGAAGCAAAAGGGGAUGUAAAGUUCAUUGAUUAUGAAUACGCUGGGUACAACUACCAGGCCUAUGAUAUUGGAAACCACUUUAAUGAAUUUGCAGGAGUCAGUGAAUUGGACUUCAGCAUGUACCCACCUCAGGAAAUGCAAGUGGAAUGGCUGCAGUCCUACCUGGAGGUAUAUAAAGAGAACACUGGCAGUGAACCAAAGGUGACUGAACAGGAAGUACAGAAACUCUAUGUAGAAGUGAACAAAUUUUCAUUGGUUUCACACUUUUUCUGGGGCCUCUGGGCACUUCUCCAGUCCAGAUACUCUACCAUUGACUUUGAUUUCCUGAGGUACGCAAGAGAACGUUUCAAGCAGUAUUUUAAGAAGAAGGAUGAAUUCUUGGCCUUGCAAUUUUCCUAUUGAAGCUAAAAAGAUCUGCAAUCUCAUUAACUGCUGGGGAAAAGAUGGAAUAAAGUGGAAAUAGUUGAAGCUCCUAAAUGAGAAAGUACCAAAAGUUCACUGUACCUGGAAUCAUAAAAUAACACAGAAGUGGAUCAAAUAUUUUGUAAGCUGAAUGGUGAAGUCCCUUUAAAAUAAUUAAUUAUAGUAAAGGCAACAUUAGCUACUGGAAAUGAAUGCAUAGAAGUUGCUGCAGAUGAGUGUAUUGGUUGUAUUUCUAUUUUAUGUACUGUUACUAUGCAAUUUACAUUCAGGCAUGGCUUACUGUUAUCUUCAAUCAAAUAUUUGUAUCUAAUUGACAAUUUUAUAUACUUAUUGGACUAUUCUUUACUGUCACAUAUUUGCCAUUAGGUUGUAAGGAGAAAUGAGAUCAAAAGAUUUCCAUCUUUUCUUUCAAUAAUAGAGUGUAACCAUAGAUUGUAUACCGAUUUUACAAAUGUAAAAAUUACCUCAGUUUCUGAAGAAACAUUUAAAAAUGAUUAAAUUCUGGAAAGCUUAAUGGAAAAUUGGAAAUACAUAACUAUUUCAUCACUUUAUGCGAAAGGAAAAGGUGGUUAUUUCUGUGAAGAACUCUUCAUCAGAUUUUCUAACAAAUCGAAUGCAAUAAAGGUCAUUUAAUCUUUGAGAAUCUGAUUAA